AUGAGUGUCGUUGGCAUAGAUUUCGGCUCGAUGAGCACCAAGAUUGGUGUUGCGAGGAAUAAGGGCAUUGAUAUCAUCACAAACGAAGUUUCCAAUCGAUCCACUCCAUCGUUAGUGGCAUUUGGCCCCAAAAACAGAUUCCUCGGUGAAGCCGCUAAGACCCAAGAAAUUUCCAACUUGAAAAACACCGUCGGUUCAUUGAAGCUCCUUGCCGGUCGAUCGUUCAAAGAUCCCGAUGUGCAGCUGGAACAAGAAUAUAACGCCGCGAAAUUGGUGGAUGUCAAUGGCGAGGCUGGUGUUGAGGUCUCCUAUCUUGGCAAAAAGGAGCAGUUCACGGCCACCCAGCUUAUUGCGAUGUACCUGAGCAAAAUCAAGAGUACUGCAUCCAGCGAACUAAGACUCCCGGUUUCCGACACCGUUAUCAGUGUUCCUCCCUGGUUCACCGAUUCUCAGCGAAGGAGCCUCUUGGAUGCUGCCGAGAUUGCUGGGCUAAAAUGCCUUCGUUUGAUUAACGAUACUACCGCCAUUGCUCUCGGAUACGGCAUCACCAAACUUGAUCUCCCCGGCCCUGAAGAGAAACCAAGACGCGUGGCUUUCGUGGAUAUCGGUCACUGCAAUUACUCCUGCGCUAUUGUUGAAUUCCGCAAAGGAGAACUGAACGUCAAAUCAGUCGCAUAUGACCGUCACUUUGGAGGUCGAUAUUUCGACAAAGCUCUUGUUGAACACUUUGCCAAAGAGUUCAAGGAGAAAUUCAAGAUCGACAUCAAGACCAAUCCAAAGGCGAUGGCGCGAACCCUGACUGCCGCCGAGAAACUGAAGAAGAUUCUCUCUGCCAAUGUCUCUGCGCCACUAAGCAUCGAAUCACUGAUGGAUGACGUUGAUGUCCGGUCGUUUGUGAAACGCGAGGAGAUGGAGGAUAUGGUCUCUUCUCUUCUCGAACGUGUAAAUACUCCUUUGGAGCAAGCGCUGGCCGAUGCCAAGCUUAAGCCUGAAGAUAUUGACAGCAUUGAAAUGGUUGGCGGCUGCACACGGGUCCCCAUUAUCAAGGAGAAGAUCAGUGCAUUCUUCGGAAAGCCUCUUUCUUUCACCCUGAACCAGGACGAAGCCGUCGCACGCGGCUGUGCUUUCAGCUGUGCCAUCUUGUCUCCUGUGUUCCGUGUCCGUGACUUUUCCGUACAUGACAUCGUCAACUACCCUAUUGAAUUUAUCUGGGAAAAGUCUCCAGAUAUUCCUGACGAAGCAACCGCGUUGACCGUUUUCAACAAGGGCAAUGUCAUGCCAUCCACUAAGAUUCUGACCUUUUACCGCAAACAACCAUUUGAUCUCGAAGCCCGUUAUGCGAAGCCAGAAUCGAUCCCUGGAAAGCCCAACCCCUGGAUUGGCCGAUUCUCCGUCAAGAACGUCGUUGCAGAACCAAACGACGAGUUCAUGGUUUGUAAACUCAAGGCAAGACUCAACUUGCACGGCGUGCUCAAUAUUGAAUCCGGUUAUUACGUUGAAGAUGUCGAGGUUGAAGAGCCCAUCCCGGAGGAAAAGAAGGAAGGCGAUGCCACGGACGGUGAUGCUGCCAACGGCGAAGCCGAGAAACCAAAGACACGCAAAGUCAAGAAGCAAGUUCGCAAGGGCGAUCUCCCCGUGGUCAGCGGCACCGCUUCGCUUGACAAGACUAAGCUGGAUGAAUACACCGAAAAGGAGAAUAACAUGUUCAUGGAAGAUAAGCUCGUCGCAGAUACCGAGGACAAGAAGAAUGAGCUUGAGUCCUUCAUCUAUGAGAUGAGAGACAAGAUCGACGGUGUUUACGCUGAAUACUCCAGCGAGGAGGAGAAAGAGAAAGUUAAAGCCAAACUCGACCAAACAGAGGAUUGGCUGUAUGAUGAAGGCGAAGAUACCACCAAAGCGGUUUACAUCGCCAAGAUGGACGAGAUUCGCUUCCUCGCCGGGCCCAUCAUCCAGCGUCACCUUGACAAACUUGAGGCGGAGCGUCAAGCUCAGGAAGAGGUUCUCGCGAAGAAGAGAGCCGAGGAAGAAGCAAAGAGGAAAGCAGAGGAGGAAGCCAAGAAGAAGGAAGCUGCUGAUACUGAAAUGAAGGACGCCGACGCGGAGCCAAAGGCUAGCAAUAAUGAUGUUGAGAUGGAAGAAGUCGAGUAG